GCUGCUGGCUGAAGUUGACUGUUGAUUAGUCCGUUGAAGUCAUUGAAGGUUAUAGUGACAGCGAUAGUGUAUUCGUUUUACGAUCUAUUUCUGACGAUAUUUUUAACAACAUUACUGCGGAGAAAUACUAAAUCAUGCAGCAUCUCACUGUUUUUAUGGAUAUCGAAAGUUCCCGUUCUUAUAUAGACGAAUUAUAUUCUAUCGAAGAGCUGAAGAUUUUGGAUGCCCUAAUUGCACUGAAGAAUUCAGUGAUUGGUAGUAAUCGUCAGAAAAGCGCCGUAAUACAACAAGGAAUUGUACCUCGGUUGUUGCAGUUGAUGUCUGAAAAUAAUUGGGAUCCAAAUAUAAGAUUAGAGGCCACUAUUACAAUCGGAUCACUAGCUAAAGGCACACCAGAAAAUGUGACAGCGUUAGUAGAGCAAGGUGCGGCUGUAGCAUUAGUAGAAUUACUCAGAGAAGUGCCAAUAGGAACAAAGUUAGCUGAAGCAUGUCUGUGUGCAUUGAGGAGUAUAUUUUUGAAUCCACCUGCACCUAUAUCUUCAGUGCCUGCAGAUAUGAGACUUUUGACAAGGUUUAACCAAAUAGCCAAAGAGGGAUCACCAACGUCCCAAGCUUGUGUUGUGCGUAUCUUAUCAAUAUGGUGCGGAGGGCCGAUAGAGCAAGAGGCGCUAUGCUCAGCGGGAUUGUGUUCAGCUGUAGCCUUUUUACUAGCUCCAAUGGGGGUUACCGCACCUCCAAUAUCAAAGGUGCUGCCAGCGUUGGACUUACUGGCUGCCAUGUGCUUUGAAAAUGCUAAUGUGUCACAAGUCGCUUUACAUACCAAAUGCGGCGAGAAAACAAUCCCCGAACUAUUAAGUCUUCUAGUUUCAAGGGAUAAACCACUGCCAGUAGCGAUGGGUGCAGCACGAUGUCUCACAUUUAUUCAUAGAGCAGGAGCUUUAGCCGCUGAUGACAAUAGGGUAGUGUUUGGAGCGUUGCCAUGUCUCGCUCGCUUGUGCACUAAAGACAUGCCAGAAGACAUAAGGGCCACCGCCGCAGAAACUUUGGCGUAUUUGGCUGAGGUAGACACAUCCCUCCAAAGGCUAGCGGCUAUAUCAAACCACCUGAUGAGUUCUCUAGCGGACAUAGUCACGUGUCCCUCUGCAGCGGCAAAGCAAGGCGCUUUCAAGUGUUUUGCAUCUCUCGGUGCUAAUGACGAAGAUAUACGAAAGAAGAUUAUAGAAACGCAUGGUUUGAUGGUGCACGUUGUUAAUGGGAUGAAUAAUGCGGAGCCCUCGGUAAGGUUAGCUGCAGUGCGCUGUCUACACUCACUUUCAAGAUCCGUCCAGCAAUUGAGAACAACAUUUCAGGAUCACGCUGUAUGGCGGCCACUGAUGCAGCUCCUCACGGACUCACCAGGCACGGAGCUGCUCACAGUGGGCUCCUCCACGCUGUGCAACCUGCUGCUCGAGUUCUCGCCGGCCAAGGAGCCCAUGUUAGAUCAAGGUGCCGUAGAAAUGCUAUGUAGUUUAACUAAGAGGCCCGAAGCGGCGUUGCGACUCAAUGGAAUAUGGGCGCUUAUGAAUAUGGCAUUUCAGGCGGAACAAAAAGUAAAGCAACGAAUAUUAUGCUGUUUAGGCACGGAGCAGAUGUUCCGUCUGCUCAGCGACGGCGACACGCGCGUCAUCAUGAAGACGCUCGGCCUGCUGCGCAACUUGCUGUCCACGAGACAGCACAUCGACGCCAUCAUGGGGGAAUACUCGUCGCAAGUUAUGCAAGCAGUGAUUGUAGUGUUAGAAGGUUCGUAUCCGGCGGAGGUGAAAGAGCAGGCGCUCUGUAUCCUUGGGAAUAUCGGAGAUGGAGAGAAAGCUAAAGAUCUCAUUAUGGCCAAUGAAGAUGUGCUGAGAAAACUAGUGGAUUACCUGGCGCACCCGGAGAGCAAGCUGCAGGAGGCGGCGCUGUUCGUGGCCGGCAACCUCGUGUGGCGCGGCGAGGCGGGCUGCGCCGCGCGGCAGGCGCGCCUCGCCGACCUCGGCGUGCUGCGCGCGCUCAGGCUGCUGCGCCAGCGGCAGGACGCCGCGCACCUGCACGACAAGGUGAAAACGGCCUUAGCACAGUUCAACGAAUUUACAUAAAAAUGAAAGACAAUACCCGUACACUUGUGAUCAGUCUUCGGCAGUGAGUUAUCGAGUCAGUGUAGUUUAAGUAAUGUACAUAGAUAAGAUACUUGUUAUCCGAUGGAGGUUAAAGUCAAAGUGAUGUUUUUAUUUCAUGUAAUUAGGUAUUGACUUUGGCUUUGAAACUAUUUAUUUUAGUUUAUCAUGUUCUUUUGUUUCGCUCAAUGUCGUAAUUGUUCAAUCUCUUUAACUUAAGAGGUGCUAUCCUCAUAAAAAAUUGUAGUUAAACUACAAGUUAAGGGUGUUUCACACACGUGUCGUUUCCGUAUCAACACGUUACGAUCUUAAAAAUAACAGAUGCAAGAAGAUGAGAGAAUGUAACAUACGUAACAUACACUAUAGGUACCACAAAAUAUGUUAUUAUCAUUAU